AUGCUCUACGCCACUUUUUACUCCAAGUUUCAAGACGCCGCGAGCAUCACGAGCACCGUUAACCCCAACCCGGUCUUGGCGCCAGAUCCGUUCAAUUUGGAUCAUAUCGGUGAUGGAUACGGUAGGACGACAACAUUCAGAACAUUCGAGAACCAAUAACUCAUUCAGAUGUCUGGACACGUGGCGAAACUCAACUUCUCGUCUUGGCCGUCAUUCUUGUCAUUAUGACACUGUUGUUUGUGGCUAUUGUGGCACUGGACUGCGGACGCAACUCUCCGAUGAUUCUGCGGUCCGGAACUCUUCGAGACGUCGUCAGACACGGAGCAACAAACAGACAACGGAGCACUGGAGGGCACACGAACAACGUCUCGAUGGAUGAAUUCAAAGGUAGGCUUUUACAGUAAGCAGUCGGGGGAGUUUCAGGAAGUAAAACUUUUACUUCCUGAAACUCCCCCGACUAUUACAAAGUAUCUCGAGCCGAACCGAAAAAAAGUGUUAUGCCAAUCGGCCGGCAAGUGUUGUAAGAAACAACGCGGAAGCAACGGGAAGAGAGCACAUGUUCUCGCCGUCCGCUUCCUCCAUUUUUCUUCUCCUCCUCCACCAUCAUUGUUUCAUUUUACAGCCCCGCCGCUCAGCUUCUUGGCCCCUCCACCAUACGUCGAUCGCCGUUAUCCCACUUCCUCAAUUCCGCUUCCCAUUUGA